AUGCGCUCUACCGCCGCUCUCAGGACGUUCCAGCCGACGGCUCGGAUGAUGUUCCGGCCGUCGACCCGGAUGAUGCGCCCCGUUCCCAAGGAGGACCAGGCCGGCCACACCGUCUCCCAGCGACUCCGCAAGCUCAAGCAGAUCCCCGCCGAACUGAUUCCCCUCGCCGUUGUCGUCGGCUUCGCUGUCUUCGCCGCCGGCUACUCGAGCGUCCGGAAAUUCUUCGUCGACAAGAACCUGCGACUGUCCCGGCAGGGACCCUCUGGCCGAGCUGAGCACUAA